AUGCAACUUACAGAAUUGAUUCAUCAUAGUAGAUCAUCUACUUUACCAUCCAUAUCUGCUACUACUGCUACUACAACAACUAGCUCUCCAGAACAUACACUACCAUUACCAUCAAGACAAGAUCAACUGCAGUCUAAAGAAGUUCCAUCACAUUUGACCAAGAGAAUAAGUUUACCACCGAUCAGUGAUUUAUUGGCUACUCCUCCUCCACCUACGCAGCUACAACAACAGCAACAACAACAACAACAACAACGAUACCAAAUUCCACAACAUUACAAUUACUACACCACCACCACUGCUACUGCUACCAACAAUAGUUCGGAAUACUUGAACAGAUCUCCCAACCCAGGAUAUAGUACAUCAUCAUCAAUUUCGUCACCAUCGUCAAUACAACAAUACCACAACCAACAACUGCACUACUUUCACAGCAAUGCACCUUCACAACAACAGCAACAGCAACAGCAGCAGAAGCAGCUGCAGCUGCAGCUGCAUUUACCAUCGAUGAUGCGCUCAAACUCAUAUCCACAACAAUCAUCCACCCUUGGUCACGAUCAAAGUUAUUUUCCUCCACAUUCACAUCAUUAUAAUCACCACCCACUAUCUAACUACCCAUCACACGACUACUACCCUCGCCAUCAACAACACCCGCAAUACGCAGCUACAGCAGCAAUUAACACUAAUAACUCUCCAAACCACAAUGGUGUCAUCAACAACAGUAACAAACGCAAAACCAGAAACAACUUACCCAAAGAAAUAACCUAUGUCUUGUUGCGUUGGCUCAAUGAUCAUUUAAAUCACCCAUACCCAAAUUCAUUUGAAAAGAAUCAAUUAAUGAUGGCUACCGGUUUGAAUCAACAACAAUUGAGUAAUUGGUUUAUCAAUGCUCGAAGAAGGAAAAUUAAGACUUUGAAAGAACAGAAGCGUAUGAUGCACUUGGUCUAA